GCCGGGACUGCUGGGAUUGUCUGUGGGCACGGAGAUGGAGCUUGAGAAGAUGCUGGUGGAUGAGAGGACCAAGUGUGAACUGCAUCGGAGCAACUACGAAACACUGAAGGCUGAACACAGCAGAUGAUGUGGUCCUGAUGGCUUCAUCUGGCCAGGAUCUUCAGCUCUAACUGGAUCAGUUCGCAGCCGAGUGUGAAGCGACUGGGAUGACAAUCAGCACCUCCAAGUCCGAGUCCAUGGUUCGGGCCCGGAAAAGGGUGGAGUGCCAUCUCCAAGUUGAAUUGAGUUUUGCAGCAUAUGCACAUUUUUUUGGGUUUGUGUAAACCAAAUGAUUAAUGUUUCAGAAUAAUUCCCACCAGUUGUGUGUGUGUAUUUAUAGGUUUACAUCAUCAUGACUUCUACCUGGAACUGUACUUGAAAAAAACUAGUUACUUCUGAUGGAAGGUGCAGUAAAGUAUUGACAUGAAGCAACAGACACUUCUGAAUGUCCCCAACACGCUGCAGCAAUACAAACAGCUCAUCAAUGAUCUAGCCUUCAAUUACUUUCCAAUUGGGCUUGAAUUUGAGAAGAAUCUCCUACGAGCCAGUCUUUUGGUUCUACAAGAUCGGGCUCUGUUCAAAGAGCCAUCACUCCUAUUGCUAGUGACUCCCAACAUCCUUGUCCAGCUUGCAGGAGGAGGUGAUGCAGGUCCAGGGGGAAGUUCACUACUUGCAGGCUCAGCUAGAGAAACUCCAGCUGCAGCUGCUGGAGAAGACAGGAGAAAUUCUGGAGCAAAACAGGGAACUGGAGGAGCUCCGACUGCAGCAGGUGAUGACUCCUCAGCGGCUGGAGUUGCUCAGAGCUCAGGUGCAGCAGGAGUUGGAGGAUCCUGUCCGAGAACGCUUCUCCAAACUGGAAGAGGAGGCAGAGAAGUACCGCACAGAAUUCAACAAGCUGCGCUAUGGAUACACGCUACUUAACGCCCAGUUCCAACACCAGACGGAGGAAAGCACUCGUGUGCUGGAGGAGCAGAAGCUACGCUAUGAGGCGGAGAUCUCACAUUUGGAGAAGGACAAAGAGAACCUGGUGGCUCAGUACCAGAAUUUGGAGCCACUGCAGGAGAGGAAAGAAGUGGAGGUUCUUCUUCGAGAGAAAAGCCAGCUGAGCCUGCGUGUGAAGAGCCUGCAGGCGGAGGUGGUGGAGCUGCAGGCCCUCCAUCGCAACUCCGAGCAGCAAGCUGACAAUGUUCAACGUCUUCAAAACAGACAGCUGUCAGAAUGUCAGGCCGCUAUAAACUCUCUGGAGGCGGAGCGCCAGUCCUUGCGUCUGCGACUGGAGCGCUUGGAGAGCGAGCUGGGCGUGGCUAACGAGCAGCACAACCAGCUCACCCGCCAGUCUCACAGAGCUGAGAAACAAGUCACCUGCCUCAGCGACCAGAUUGAAAGCCUGAAGCAUUCCCAUAAGAUGGAGGUGGCCAGCAUCAAACUGGAGUGUACCCGCUCGAAAGGAGAGGUGGAGAGGGCGAGAGACACCCUGAAGGGGCAACUUGAUGCUGUGCAGACGGACGUGGAGGUGCUGAAGGGGGCGCUACAGCGACAGAAGGAGCUUGUUGUGGAAAAAGAGAGGGAGCUGGUCAGGAAGGUGCAGUCGGCACGGGAUGAAGAAAUCUACAAAACCACCCUCUUGCACCAAGAAAAGCUGGAGUUGGAGCACCGCCUUGCAGAGUUGGAGCAGCAGGUGGCGCUGCAGGAAACCACAGAGCAGGCCCAGAAAGAGGAAUGGGAGGAGCAACUUUGCAUCGCUCAAAAAGGGGAGGAGUCUGUGCGCAAAGAACUGCAGACACUCAAAAGCAGAUUGAAGCUGCAAAGCUGUCAGCUGCAGGAACUGCAGGGACAAACCUCGCUGAUGACACACCUGGAGCAGGUGACACAUGCACACCUCAAGUCCAUGCUGGUCUUGUUAGGUCAACUAGUCAACACAUGAGUUAGGUUGUUAGCA